CGCAAAACACCGAUCAGAAACAGUAUCCAAAAUGAACGCUUUGGUAACGAUACUUCUCUCGCUGGCCAUUGGUCCUCUUUUGGUUUAUUCCGAACUUGAGGCCGAAUUGCAGUUCUGCGCAGAACAGGAAGGUGUGACCGAAGAAAUGUUGGAUAAUGAUUCCGACGAUUAUAAAGUCAAGUGUUUUUAUCUUUGCCAUUUCGAACAGACUCAUGUGAUUAAAAACGGCAAGAUCAUCCAACCAGAUCCUUCCAAUAAAAAAAUAUCUCGAAGUGUCUGGGGAAUAGCCGGCUUUCAAAGAACAAGGAAGUGCCUUGAUCUAAAGGAUGACAACGAAUGUGAACUCGGUUAUAAGUUUUUCAAGUGCCUACAACGGAACAUUAUCGAUAAUCAAGUUGAGAAUUUUCUACCUACAAUAAAUGAGUCAACAGCAGCUAUGUUAGAUUAGCUAUCAUAUACAAAAUAAAAUGUUACAAAUUUUUUAAAA